AUGAUAGAUGGGAAAAAUGAGAGGAGGGAAUCCUAUCCCUAUUUCCUGGAGGAUGCUAUUCUCAACGCCUGUUACCGGGGCUGCCGGCUGUUUUCCAUCUGUCAUUUUGUGGAUGCCACUGCUGAGCUGAAUGCAACCAGAGCCGAGUGCGAAUCGGCCUGCAUGGAAGCCUACACUGGUGCAGAAGAGCAGUUUGGGUGUACAACCGGAUGCAAGACGCAGCUGCCGGAAAUGGAAAACAGAGGAGAAAACAUGAUCCAAGAUGAGAAGCCAGCCUCCUUCUCCGUCUUUGACCUGGUCUCCAGUUUCUGCAAUGAUAUUGUCAGCUCUGCUCAGAGUUUUAUUUCUUCCACAUGGACCUUCUAUCUGCAGGCAGAUGAUGGAAAAGUAGUCGUGUUUCAGUCGCAACCAGAAGUGGAGUAUCCAAUUCCUGAGGCCCAGGCACCCAAAUCAGAGGUUUCGGAGAAGACCUGGACAGUCUCGGCCCCCAACACCUUGAAGCCACACACAGGCCUUCAAGAGAAAUUGGAGAAACCUCCCAUCGAAGAGCCCAAGAGCCCAGCCCCAGCCGCAGCUCAGCCUGUGGGGGAGUCCCAGAUGCCUCUGGAGCAUGAUUUCCUGGGAUGCAUGUCCAAGCGUUCGGGGCUGCCCCGCUGGAUUCUGGCUGCUUGUCUCUUCCUUUCCAUCAUGGUGAUGCUCUGGCUGAGUUGCGCCAGUUUGGUGACUGCACCGGAUCAACACGUCAAGACUCAGCCCCUGAGCAUCAAUGGAGACAAAGAGUACCUGGAAGACCUAGACGGACCAGUGCCCUAUUCCUUACGCCCCGUCAUUGCUGUGGCCAUCUGCCCCGCGGAGGAGAACAAGGAAGCAGGCCUCCUGCCGGUCAAGGUGGAUUUAGACAAGACUGUCCUCUAAGAACCUGCCCCUGCCUCCCCCACCUCUCCCCUCCUCCUGAGUUCCUUUCAACACAACCGCAACAAUCUUUCCAUGAUGCUUCCCAGCCUCUCCCAUAGCAUAUUUUGUCAUCUCUCUUUCAUCCAGGAAGGUCUUGGAGAAGCCCAGCACCUUUCUGCAAGGUUCUGCUGGAAUGCCCAAGUUUUCCAGCAGCAACACUUUGGCUGUUGAGAAAGAGUGGGCUAGUGAGAUCCUGGUUCUCAAAGGCUGCCAUUGCGACUUUUGAAAUGAACAAGCCCUGGUGGUCCCCAGCAUAAGAUCCUGAGGUGGGCCAGGGGGGAUUUUGGGGAAAUUUGCUUCACUUUACUGAACAAGGAUGGGCAACUGCCAUUGGGGAGCUGCUGCUUCUCCUGGCUUUCUUUUGUCUAAAAGAAUUGGGGGGGGGGGAUUAAUGGGGCGAUGCCUGCUUUUUAUUUGAGCCUUGGUGGGAAAACUACAUGCAGAAAAAGUCAAGGGUUGCCGAUCAUGGUAAGUUUGCUGUUAUUCUGUGCCCUGAUUUGCCUGACAGAUAAGGGUAGGGUUCCCUGAACCAUGAUUUCCUGAGAAGCCACAGCUGCCUAGGUUGACCCGCUGCAUGAAACCAUGGUCUGCAUAUUUGAGAGGUUGCGUUUAGUUUAAUAUUUACUUCAUAAAUUUAUAUGGCUGCCCAUUUCACUUGAAUAUGGCUCUUGGGUAGCCUACGACCAACACUUAAUAUCAUAGCUGCUUAAAAAAAAAUGGAGCAUUCAAAUCAAAGUAGGAUUGCAAGAGAAAAACCACAUCUAUCUAAACACAGUUUAACCAUCCUGUGGGCUUCUUGAAUGGGUCCCCAAGCCGGUUGGAAAAUCCACAUUUCCAGGGUUUUCUGAAAGACUAGCAGGAAUGGGGCUGUCAUUGGUGGGGAUUAUGCUUCAGAGGGUAGGAGCCACAGGCAGAAAAGGCAGUAUGCUAAGCCACAGAGAAACAAACCACCUUACAGCUUAGAUUGCAGUGUGAUUCGGCCUAUACUUCCUUCUUUCUUUUCAACCCCACACCAAAAUAUAUUUUGUCAGACAAGAUACAGAGAGAAGACAGAUUCCUCUGGAUCAAUGUUUCCCAACCUCGGCAACUUUAAGCUGUGCGGACUUCAAUUCCCAGAAUUCCCCAGCCUCUUUCUGAAGUCCUCUUUUGGGACUUUGGCCGCCAGCAAAAACUGAACAGAAUGGGACCAUAUGAGAUAUAAGGCGACAAGAGAGACAAUUGAGUUUGAAAAUGGGUUGGACCUGGCUGAAUGGGAGCUAUAGGAGCUGUGGGAGACUCCCCCCCCCCCCCCUUUCCCCUAACAGAGAGACGGUUAGGCACCGGCCCCGGAUGCUGCCAUGUCCCUCAAUUCUAAGAUCCUUCCCUUCUGAUCACAUGACCAAGAAUGGAGCUGCCGCCACCUUCACUUUAAGCCUCCUCCUUUUUGAUCACAUGAUCCAUUCUCCAUUGUAAGCUUCCUCCCUCCUGGUCAUGUGACCCAGAAUGGAGCUGUCCUUCAUUUUAAGCCCUGUCCUUCCUCUUGGUCACAUGAUCCAGAGUGGAAUGUUAGGUCCUCCAAUCUAAGCCCCGUCCCUCCAUUUUGAGCCUCCUUCCUCUGGGUCACAUGACUCCGAAAGGAGCUGCCACUACUUCCAUUCCAAAUUCCUCUCUCUCUUUGUCAAGUGACCCAGAAUGGGUUUUAUACUUGCCCUGUGUUUCCAAGUUCGCUCAGACACAAAUAGGUGCAGCAUGAACAAAGAGCAGAAACACAAUGCAUUAUUACAAUACUCACAAGAAACUAGGCACUUAUGGCUACUGCUUGGAAAGACUUCCAGAAGCUGUUCUCUGUUGCCUCUACCUGUUUUCUUUUUUCUCUUCUGACAGGGGGCCUCUUCUUUUGACUCUGUGAAUUUGGGAUCUAUGGCAAAAUCGGAUCACAAGCUAGAACUGGCCUAGAUCUAAGAGAAAUCUAAGAGAAUGCUGAUUCCCUGUAGGCCUGCACUAAGGACCUGGUCUCUGGGGCUGGGUAUUCCUUUCUUGGCACUGCAAUGCCAGUAUUCCUGCAUUGCAGGUCAGAUAAAGAACUGUCAGCUUCAUUCACACAACAUGCGUAGCUUGAUUAGUAUUAGCCUUGGUUCAGUUCUCUGUGGUUUAGUUGGGGGGUGGAGUUAGUGUUUUUUUCAAUCUCUCUUCAUUAUAAUAUAACUCAAGGUAGUGAACAUACCUAAUACUCAUUUACUCACUCCUAUUUUUCCACAACAAUAACCCCUGUGAAGUGGGUUGGGCUGAGAGAGGGCGCUUGGCCCAAAGUCACCCAGCCAGUUUUCACCCUUAAAGAGGGGAGGACUAGAAUUCAGUCUCCUAGUCAUUGGCCCCAAAUCACCCAGCCAGCUUUCAUGCCUAAAAUGGGACUAGAACUCACAGUCUUCUGGUUUCUAGCCUUUUCUAGUCUUCACCACUAGAUCAAACCAGCUCUCUUGUUGGUUUUAUUCUGCAGAUCCAGAACAAUGGGCGAACUCGGUAAUCAUGUUAAGUAUGCUAAAGGGAAGUAGCCUAUUGUGUACUGUGUCUCAACACUGAGGCUCAAAAUCUGAGGUUUUCCCUCAAAGCUACCCUGUCUUUUUUAAUUUAAAAGUCCCACGUGAUUGGGAAACACUGAGAUAAGAAAACAAAAUUAAGAGUAAUGGGGUACAGGGCUUCCUUCCUCAGGGUCAAUGAAGCAAAGCAAAGUUUGCUCCAAAAUAAUUCUCAACCUAUCGUCUGCCCUGAUUUUACUCAGAAACUCCUCUGAGUAACACAGGGAUACGGUGUUGUGGUUGUCACUGUUGUUGGUUCUGUUAAUUAUUAUUAUUAUUACUAUCAUUCUGCCCUUGAUGAAUGCAGGGCACUUUUGCGAACCCAGGACGUGUUUGUGAGCAAUGCCCACCCUCCCAUUUUCUCCCUUCUGGAACCUCACCGUGUACAGUCGUAUCACAAGUGCAAAAAGUUUCUUCCCUCACAAACUGGUGUAAUUUUUUUCUGCUUGCUUGUACAUUCGGCCUAAGGAUUCUCUGUACAUAGAUUUAACUUAUCUCCUCACCCCACUUUUGGCUCUCUAACUCCCUCCCCCACAUAUCAGGGUGCCUGUCUGCGUGUGCGUAUGUGAAAAAAAGGUGGUGUCUGUGACCACACAAACAAGAGCCUCACACACACACACACACAAAAGGGUGGAUCUUUGAUCUUGAUGUUGUGGUCACCAUCUUGUCCUUUUUUAAGCCCCUUCUGCAGAGACAUUUGCUGCAUAUUCUGAGUUGAAAAUACUGCUGAAAGCAGUGGUGGGAUUCAAAUAAUUCAACAACCGGUUUUCUGCCCUAAUGAUUUCUUCCAACAACCAGUUCACCAAAUUGCUCAGAAAGUUAACAACCAGUUCUCCCGAACUGGUGCGAACUGGCUGAAUCCCACCACUGGCUGAAAGUGUAUGGGGCAAGAGCUGUCCCCAGUCUGGUGCCCUCUAGAUAUGUCAGGGCUGUAAAUCCCAGAAUGGGAAGUCAGCAUCCUAGCUGGAAGGCACCAGGUUGAAGAAGUCUGGGUGAAACCAAUCCGGAGCCUUUAGUAUGGCUAAAAGGAGCUUGCUUUGCAUUCAGUAACUUUUUAGAUUUUUGAAACUCUUAACUCUUUAAAUAUAUUCCGGCAUUCUUCACAUCGGAAGGGAGGUUACAUAUUAGGGAGGUUUAUAUAUAUUUUAUAUCUCUCUGAAGUUCAUUCAUCUUUCAUCAAAACGUCUGCAUCUAAUUAUUUGCGUGAAAAAAAUAAGCUAUCUUCAUCGUACCUUUGUUCUGCCUGGCUUGUUUUAAUUCCCUUAAAAUUGUCUUUUCUUCCCCACUUCCUAAACUCUACUUUUUCUUUUCUCUUGGGAGAGAGUUACAAAGGCAUAAGGCCUUGGUUGAACUGAGGUGAGAUUUGUUGAAGACCUGUAUCUGUUAAUUGUAUCUGUAUCUUUAAUAACCCUUUCUGUCUGUCCCAGAAAUCCGGAAAAGUUGUUUAUUUAGUUUAUUAAUUUAAAUUUUAAAGAAAAGAAACAAUAAAAUCAAAGCUGUGAAAAGGAA